UUCCGAACCUGGCCAGUCGAUCGAGAGCGCGCAGUCGCGACACGCGUUGCGCGGGCUAUCGCAUUCAAAUUUGAAUUUAGCGGAAAAAAGUUAUAUUAAAAAGUUUUUUCUCGACACAUAUUGUUAUUUUCUCGGUGGAUAUUAUACUGUGCAGUGAAUACGUGAUUAUUUGACAACUUGACAAAGGAUCGGAGGUGUGUCACCCCACGUUUCUCUUUUGUGUUGAUGACUUGCCACGUUUUAAGCUAGCCCUGUCCGUAAAAAAGGGCCGACACCAUGUUGCAGCAGAUACUGCGUGACAUGUGGGUGGACCCUGAGAUCCUCGCCGAGCUCGACGAGACCCAGAAACAGACGCUGUUCUGCAAGAUGCGCGAAGAACAGGUCCGCCGCUGGCAAGUGUGGGACCAGAAGGUGAGCAAAGACGACGAGCGGCCCAAAUUUCAGAAGAACUCCAAGAAACAAGUGCAGUUUCUCAAGGGCGAAGAUGGCGAGCCCUGGGUGUGGGUGAUGGGCGAACAUCCUGACGACAAGUCGAUAGACACCAUACUAGCGGAAGAGGCGCGGCAGCGGGUGUUUGCGCAGGCGCGUGAGGAGGCGCACCAGCUCAGGAAGUCGGUGGAGAAGGAGCUCACCCAGCUCAUAGACUACAAGCCGCUCGAUAGUUUAGAACAGAAAUUUGACCUAUCACCGAAGACUUUAGACCCACUAGAAGAUACGUUAGAAAUAUAUUGCACAGUGGACGAACUUCGGCAGAGGAUCGAGGCUCUGGAGCCCGAAGUGAAGAUAUCCGACAAGAGUAUGAGGGACAUUGGCGACAAGACGGACUACUGCAAUGACAAAUUGAAGCUAGACCUCAACAAAAACACGUUGCAUUUCAAUUUUAUUGAAGGCAAGAGAGAUGUACUGCAGGAGUUGGGCGCCGCGACGGGCGCGGACGGCGUGAGUAACCGCGUGGCGGCGUGGGAGCGGCGCGUGGCCGCCGCGCGCGCCGGUGACCUACUGCGCGGCCUGCGUGCACGUCGCGCCCGUGCCCUGCGAGACACCAGGGACGACGACGACCGCGCCUGGCAGGACCAAGAGCGCAAAGCGAAAGAGGCGGAGGCCACGAUGCGCCAGAUAGCGCGGCAGGCGCGGGAGGCGCACCGUCGCAGCACGGAGCUACGUGGUGUGCAGCCACCCCCGCAGCCACAGACGGGCAAACCACCGAGCAGGGAAGCGGUUCUGGAGUGGUUCAGGACGCAGGAACUGAAGCGGGGCGUUGGCCUCGACGAGAACAACAAGCCGGUCGACUGGUUUCAUGGUGUGAUCACGCGCGGCGAGGCGGAGCGCGCGCUGGCGGCGCGUGCGGCGGGCAGCUUCCUGGUGCGCGUGUCGGAGCGCGUGUGGGGCUACGCCAUCUCGUACCGCGACGCCGCGCGCUGCAAGCACUACCUCGUGGAGAGCGGCGCCGGCUACCGCCUGCUCGGCGCCGACCAGCCCACCCACCACACGCUAGCUGAUCUCAUAAAUUACCAUAAGACAGUCCCCAUCACGGAGAGUGGCGGCGAGCUGCUGCGCUCGGCGUGUGCGGCCGCGCAGCCGCCCGAUUGCCUUACGCCCGCCUGCUGAGCGGCCUCCACCGCGAGCCAGUCACCUGCCUUAUACUUAUCGCAUAAGGUGGUCAUCUCCCUUACACUUAUCGCAUAAGGCAGAUAUUUGCCUUACACUCGUCGUAUCAGACAAUCAAUUGCCUUACACUAGUAGCAUAAGGCAGGUAUCUGCCUUACACUCUACAUGUAGGGCAACUAUCACUUGCUUUAUUGAGAUGUUUUUAGCUUUUUGUUUAAUCGGAAUUAUUAUUAAUUUCUUUACAGUUUUUGACGUUGUCAUUAAUAAUGUAUGUUUAAAAAAAAUAGCAAAUCUAUACGACGAGUGUGAUGGCCUUAAAUAAUGUCGCCAAAAGUUCACUGCCAGAAAAAAAUCUUGAGAUUUACGUGAAUUUCAUAGAAUUCUAGAUACCAAAUUGUUAUAAUGAUCCAAGUUAAUAAUUAGGUAAUUUAGUUUGUUUUAAUCGAAGUGACCAUUAGUCUUCCAAUGUAUUUAGUUCGAUUUGAAAAUAAGCAAUUGUAUUACCUUAUACUUGUGUGGUAAAACUAUUGAUUGGCCACAGCAACCAAAAUGUAACGUUUCCUAACAAUAUGACGAGCAUUUAGCGACUACUAAAUACUCAGAAUUACUGUGACCACACGACAGGCACUUUGCGGACAUUCCGCUUUAACCCUACAAAAUCUUGUACAGAGUAUGUACAGAGAUUGGGGACCAUUUAAUACAUCAGUCAUAUAUUAUAUUUAGUCAUUAAAGCUAUCUUUUGUAUAUUAUUUGUAAUUUUCACUUUUAUCGCUUAGUUGUAAGGACGUGAUAAGCCGAGAUUGAAUAUUGUUAGAAUCGAAUUUAAAAUGUCUCUUUGUAUAAAA